AUGUGCAUUGAUUACCGGCAGUUGAACAAGGUGACGAUAAAGAACAAGUAUCCACUGCCGAGGAUUGACGAUUUAUUCGACCAGCUUCAGGGUGCGAGGGUGUUCUCGAAGAUAGAUUUGAGAUCUGGUUAUCAUCAGCUGAGGAUUAGGGCGUCUGAUGUCCCUAAGAUAGCAUUUCACACUCGGUAUGGGCAUUAUGAGUUUUUGGUCAUGUCCUUUGGGUUGACCAAUGCCCCAGCAGCAUUUAUGGAGUUGAUGAACCGAGUGUUCAGGCCCUAUUUGGAUUUGUUUGUGAUUGUUUUCAUUGACGAUAUUUUGAUAUACUCCCGCAGUCAGGAGGAGCAUGAGCAGCACCUCAGAGUGGUUCUUCGGACUCUGAAGGAUAGUCAGUUAUACGCCAAGUUCUCGAAGUGCGAGUUCAUGCUAGCUUUGCUUGUUGAAUUUCAGAAGGGUUUAAUUGAGCUUUACACCAAGAAGACUUUCAGAAGGGUUUUAAGUUCAGUUUUGAGUUAUUUUGGCUCUGUUUGGUUUAACAUUUCUGGACUGCCUGAUCUUAUUUGGGCUAUUUGUGAUCAACCGCUGAUUGCUGCUGAUCCUGUCUUCUUCUCCAUUGUUUCCUACUUCCAGGUCCUGUUUGAGUGUUGUACGUUUGGGCCUGGGCCAAAGCCUACAAAUGGCUGA